CUCCUCGGAGGGCCGGAGCUCUUUCCGCAUUGUACCCUUCUACUGUGUCUCCGCCGCCAUUGCGGGCUUUCGGAGUUCAGUGGUGGGGCCGCUGAUCUUCAUUCAGGGGAAACAUCAACCUGCGGGGAGUUUAGCGCGCCAGUUAGCAAGAUAUUUUUUUCCACCAUCUUAACCAGAUUUGAACCCCCCAUCUUCCAUUCUUCAGACUCUCUUGCUUCUUUAGCUUCUUGGAUCCCAUCUGACGAAAAACGAAGCAGUAGCGGUUAUCUAGGAGAACUGGGACAAGGAGGAGAGAGGAACCAUCAUGGCUCAGAUCCUGCCUAUCCGAUUCCAGGAGCACCUGCAGCUCCAAAAUCUGGGUAUAAAUCCAGCCAACAUUGGAUUCAGCACUCUGACCAUGGAGUCGGACAAGUUCAUCUGCAUCCGGGAGAAGGUUGGCGAGCAAGCGCAGGUGGUGAUUAUUGACAUGAACGACCCAAACAACCCUAUUCGCAGACCAAUCUCUGCAGAUAGCGCCAUUAUGAACCCCGCCAGCAAAGUCAUCGCCCUCAAAGCGGCAAAAACCCUUCAGAUCUUCAACAUCGAAAUGAAGAGCAAGAUGAAGGCCCACACCAUGACUGAAGAUGUCACCUUCUGGAAGUGGAUCUCCCUCAACACAGUGGCGCUAGUCACAGACAACGCGGUCUACCACUGGGGCAUGGAGGGCGAGUCGCAACCACUCAAAGUUUUUGACCGGCAUUCCAGUCUGGCAGGCUGUCAGAUCAUCAACUAUCGCACCGAUGCCAAGCAGAAGUGGCUGCUUUUGAUUGGCAUUUCUGCACAGCAAAACCGUGUCGUUGGUGCCAUGCAGUUGUACUCUGUGGACAGGAAGGUCUCCCAACCCAUAGAGGGCCAUGCUGCUAGCUUUGCUCAGUUUAAAAUGGAGGGCAAUGCAGAGGAGUCCACUCUCUUCUGCUUUGCUGUUCGAGGUCAAGCUGGGGGGAAGUUACAUAUUAUUGAAGUGGGAACGCCACCGACAGGGAACCAGCCUUUUCCGAAGAAAGCCGUGGAUGUGUUUUUCCCUCCUGAGGCCCAGAACGACUUCCCCGUUGCCAUGCAGAUAAGUUCCAAGCAGGAUGUUGUCUUUCUCAUCACCAAAUACGGUUACAUCCAUCUGUAUGACCUGGAGACGGGUACCUGUAUCUACAUGAACAGGAUCAGUGGGGAGACCAUUUUCGUCACGGCUCCCCAUGAAGCCACUGCUGGCAUCAUUGGAGUCAACAGGAAGGGACAGGUGCUUUCAGUGUGUGUGGAGGAGGAGAACAUCAUUCCCUACAUCACCAACGUGCUGCAGAACUCCGACUUGGCCCUGCGAAUGGCCGUCCGCAACAACCUGGCUGGGGCUGAGGAGCUCUUCGCACGCAAAUUCAACAAUCUCUUUGCAGGAGGAAGCUACUCAGAGGCCGCAAAAGUGGCAGCUAAUGCACCAAAGGGUAUUCUGCGGACCCCUGAUACCAUCCGUCGCUUCCAGAGUGUCCCAGCCCAGCCUGGCCAGACGUCCCCCUUGCUGCAGUAUUUCGGCAUCUUACUGGACCAGGGCCAGCUCAACAAAUUCGAGUCUCUGGAGCUUUGUAGGCCUGUUCUGCAGCAAGGCCGCAAGCAGCUUCUAGAGAAAUGGCUGAAAGAGGACAAGCUGGAGUGUUCAGAAGAGCUCGGAGAUCUGGUGAAAUCUGUGGAUCCUACUCUGGCCCUCAGUGUCUACCUGAGAGCAAAUGUUCCAAACAAAGUGAUCCAGUGCUUUGCAGAGACAGGACAGUUCCAGAAGAUAGUAUUGUAUGCCAAAAAGGUGGGGUACACUCCUGACUGGAUCUUUCUGCUGCGUAACGUGAUGCGCAUCAGCCCAGAGCAAGGUCUGCAGUUCUCUCAGAUGCUGGUGCAGGAUGAGGAGCCCCUGGCUGACAUCACGCAGAUAGUGGACGUGUUUAUGGAAUACAACCUGAUCCAGCAGUGUACCUCCUUCCUGCUGGAUGCUCUGAAGAAUAACCGUCCCACUGAGGGACCCCUGCAAACCCGCCUUCUGGAGAUGAACCUGAUGCAUGCUCCACAGGUUGCUGAUGCCAUCCUCGGGAACCAGAUGUUCACACACUAUGACCGUGCCCAUGUGGCUCAGCUGUGUGAAAAGUCAGGGCUGCUGCAGCGUGCCCUGGAGCACUACACCGACCUGUAUGACAUCAAGCGGGCCGUCGUCCACACCCAUCUGCUCAACCCUGAGUGGCUGGUGAACUACUUUGGCUCCUUGUCUGUGGAGGAUUCCCUCGAGUGUUUGAAGGCCAUGCUCUCAGCAAAUAUCCGCCAGAACCUGCAGAUCUGCGUCCAGGUGGCCUCCAAGUACCAUGAGCAGUUGGGCACGCAAGCACUCACUGACCUUUUUGAGUCCUUUAAGAGCUUCGAGGGGCUAUUCUAUUUCUUGGGGUCUAUUGUGAAUUUCAGCCAAGAUCCAGAAGUUCACUUCAAGUACAUCCAAGCCGCAUGCAAAACUGGCCAAAUCAAGGAGGUGGAACGGAUCUGUCGGGAGAGCAAUUGUUAUGAUGCUGAGCGUGUGAAGAACUUCCUAAAGGAGGCAAAGCUUACUGACCAGCUCCCCUUGAUAAUCGUGUGUGACCGCUUUGACUUUGUUCAUGACCUGGUCCUUUACCUCUACCGCAACAGCCUACAGAAAUACAUUGAGAUAUACGUGCAGAAGGUAAAUCCAAGUCGCCUGCCUGUGGUGAUCGGAGGGCUGCUGGAUGUGGAUUGCUCUGAGGAUGUCAUCAAGAACCUCAUUAUGGUGGUGAGGGGCCAGUUCUCCACCGACGAGCUGGUAGCUGAGGUUGAAAAGAGAAACCGGCUAAAACUGCUGCUGCCCUGGCUGGAAGGUCGCAUCCAUGAGGGCUGUGAAGAGCCUGCAACACACAAUGCUCUAGCUAAAAUUUACAUUGACAGCAACAACAAUCCAGAACGCUUUCUGAAGGAGAAUCCCUACUAUGACAGCCGAGUGGUGGGCAAGUACUGUGAGAAAAGGGACCCCCACCUGGCCUGUGUUGCCUAUGAGAGGGGACAGUGCGACCAGGAGCUCAUUCAUGUCUGUAACGAGAACUCCCUCUUUAAGAGUCUGUCACGUUACCUGGUUCGCCGUAAAGACCACGAUCUUUGGGGUAGCGUGCUCCUGGAGUCUAAUCCAUACCGGAGGCCUUUGAUAGACCAGGUUGUGCAGACUGCCCUGUCUGAGACUCAGGACCCUGAAGAGGUGUCUGUCACUGUGAAGGCCUUUAUGACAGCCGACCUUCCUAAUGAACUCAUUGAACUUCUGGAAAAGAUUGUUUUGGACAAUUCAGUUUUUAGUGAACACAGGAACCUACAGAACCUCCUAAUCCUCACAGCCAUCAAAGCAGACCGCACUCGGGUGAUGGAGUACAUUAGCCGGCUGGAUAACUAUGAUGCGCCUGACAUCGCCAACAUAGCCAUUAGCAAUGAGCUCUUUGAGGAAGCCUUUGCUAUCUUCAGGAAGUUUGAUGUCAACACUUCAGCUGUUCAGGUUCUUAUUGAGCACAUUGGCAACCUUGACCGGGCCUAUGAAUUUGCCGAGCGUUGCAAUGAGCCAGCGGUAUGGAGCCAGCUAGGCAAGGCUCAGCUACUGAAGGGCCUGGUGAAGGAGGCCAUUGACUCUUAUAUCAAGGCAGAUGAUCCAUCAGCUUAUAUGGAGGUGGUACAGGCAGCAAAUCAAAGUGGGAACUGGGAGGAUCUGGUGAAGUUCCUGAUGAUGGCUAGGAAGAAGGCACGGGAAUCCUACGUAGAGACUGAGCUGAUCUUUGCUCUUGCAAAAACCAAUCGCCUGGCUGAGCUUGAGGAGUUCAUUAAUGGUCCCAACAACGCUCACAUUCAGCAAGUUGGUGAUCGAUGCUAUGAUGAGAAAAUGUAUGACGCAGCAAAGUUGCUGUACAACAAUGUCUCCAACUUUGGUCGUUUGGCCUCUACUUUGGUUCAUCUGGGAGAAUUCCAGGCUGCUGUGGAUGGAGCCCGUAAGGCCAACAGUACACGCACCUGGAAGGAGGUAUGCUUUGCCUGUGUGGAUGGAAAGGAGUUCCGCCUGGCCCAAAUGUGUGGCCUGCACAUCGUUGUUCAUGCUGAUGAGUUGGAGGAGCUCAUCAAUUACUAUCAGGACCGUGGCUAUUUCGAGGAGCUAAUCACUAUGCUGGAAGCAGCACUGGGACUGGAAAGGGCCCACAUGGGCAUGUUCACAGAGCUGGCCAUUCUCUACUCCAAGUUUAAACCACAAAAGAUGAGAGAGCACCUGGAGCUUUUCUGGUCCAGGGUCAACAUUCCAAAGGUUCUCAGGGCUGCUGAGCAGGCCCAUCUGUGGGCAGAGCUUGUUUUCCUAUAUGACAAGUAUGAGGAAUAUGACAAUGCAAUCAUCACUAUGAUGAACCAUCCAACAGAUGCUUGGAAGGAAGGGCAAUUCAAGGACAUUGUCACAAAGGUUGCCAAUGUGGAGUUGUAUUACAGAGCCAUCCAGUUCUAUUUGGACUUCAAGCCCCUGUUACUAAAUGACCUGCUCAUUGUUCUGUCACCCCGGCUGGACCACACACGGGCUGUGAACUUCUUCACAAAGAUGAAGCAGAUUCCACUUGUUAAACCUUAUCUGAGAUCUGUACAAAACCACAACAACAAGUCUGUAAAUGAAGCACUGAACAACCUUCUCAUCAUAGAAGAAGACUUUCAGGCUCUGCGCACAUCCAUAGAUGCCUACGACAACUUCGACAACAUCUCACUAGCUCAGAGCCUAGAAAAGCAUGAGCUUAUUGAGUUCCGAAGAAUUGCAGCCUACCUCUUUAAAGGCAACAAUCGUUGGAAGCAGAGUAUUGAGCUCUGCAAAAAGGACCAGUUGUACAAGGAUGCAAUGCAAUACGCUGCAGAGUCCAAGGACAUAGAGGUGGCAGAGGAGCUUCUCCAGUGGUUCCUGCAGGAGGAUAAGAAGGAGUGCUUUGCUGCCUGCCUCUUCACCUGCUAUGAUCUGUUACGGCCCGAUGUGGUCCUGGAGACCGCCUGGAGGCAUAACAUCAUGGACUUCUCCAUGCCUUAUUUCAUUCAGGUCAUGAGGGAGUAUCUGACCAAGGUCGAUGCAAUUAAGGAAAAGGUGGACCAACUGGAUGCCUCAGAAUCUUUAAGGAAAGAAGAGGAGCAAGCUACGGAUAACCAGCCCAUUGUUUAUGGGACAGCUCAGCUGAUGCUCACUUCAGGAAGCAGCAUGCCCGUCCCACAGCAGGCUUACGGCUAUGGAUACUCUGCACCUGCAGGCUACGGCCACCCCACACAGCCCCAACCUGGCUUUGGCUAUGGCAUGUAGGCCUCUCUGCUUCAGAGCCAUGAGUCCGUCUCCUUAAGUUAUUCACCAGCCGAUUCUGGUCUUCUGUUUGCAGUGGGGAAUGCACAACAAGCAUUUUUUUUGUUGAACUUGAUUUUAUUUCUUUUUCCCGAAGGAAAACAAACUGGACAGCCUGUUGUUUUAACACUUUCAUCCUUUUCCAGUGUAUUACUAGAAUUGUCUUGACUUUAUUUUAAGGAAGAAUGGAGGUUUAUGUUCACAAGGGGCUUGCAGGUUCUUGUUCUCUUGAUUUAAAGUCUGUUGUAAGGCGUCUGAUUUGCACUCAGAAAUUAAUGUAGAAUCUCUUGUGUGUAUGUGUUUGUAUGCAAGCAGCUUUCUUCAGUCUGUAAAAUGCAGUAAAAAGCUACAGUAUCCUUAGCAUAUGAGUUGGUUUAUGGCUUCUAUGACUUUAAGUACAAACACUAAUAUCAGUAUGUACUACAUGGGUCUGUAGCACUAGAGUCCUUGUAAAUUCAAACCAAUGUUGAAAAGUGCAUUUUGAGUUCUGUUUUUGUUUAUAUAGCCCCAUAUGUUUCACAUAUGGCUCAUGAUUCCAGUAUUCAGUGUACAUCUGUGGCACCAUUUCUGUCCUCCUGGAGGGAAGAGUCUGUUCUCCUGAAAUGUGUGUAUUUACUCAUCCCUAACCUGUGCUGAGGUUUACAUGUGUUGGGUGUUGUGAUGUUUAAGGUCACUGUUGACUGUACAGAACAGGGAAUUUUAAGGCCUGAUAACCUUGCUUGUCCUGCCAGUUUGGUUUGUGCAGUUUUCAUUCUGAUCUAACUGAAAAUAAACAUACAUAACAGCAGUAA